AGCUUUGAGGAAGCCCAGUCCCAGAAGGCCCUGUGAACAGUGCUGGUGGUCCUCCUGUUCAUGUCCACGGAGCUGCGGACCAUCUCCUCCAAGAACAUGGAUAUUCUGCAAAAUCCUCUCGUGAUCAAAAUCUACCAGGAUCCCUUAGGCAUCCAGGGACGCAGGAUUCUCAAGGAAAAAUCCGACAUUGAGGUGUUCAUGAGGCCACUGUCCAGUGGGGCCAGCGCCCUCGUCUUCUUCAGCCGCAGGACAGAUAUGCCUUAUCGCUACCACUCCUCCCUUGCCAAGCUGAACUUCACCAGCUCCAGUGUGUAUGAGGCCCAGAACGUCUACAUGGGUGAAAUCAUCAGCGGCCUCCGCGGUGACGCCAACUUCACAGUGGUCGUCAACCCUUCAGCGGUGGUGAUGUGCUACCUGUAUCCAGAAAGAACCUUGGGAUGCCCCAGCAGUGUGGAGCUGGCUGGGUGACAGAGGCUGUGGUGGCACCACGGGGCCCGGGCUGUGGAGCCUCAGGGUGGCGAGGGCCAGUGGGCAGGGCUCCCUGCUCCCAGUCCCGCUUGGCAUCCUGACCCCAUCAUAUUCAAAAUGUAAUCUCAGAGCCAGGUUCCGCACCCUGCCCAAGUGUGGACACAUUUGGGAGCUUGUCUCAGGGAAACUUCCUGUAGCCUUCUGGCCCCUUCCUUGUCUGGACGGCCCCACAGACAUUCCUGAACAACUCAGCCAGCCUCUUGUGCCCCCACGGACAGAUGCUUAUUCCCAGCAGGAGCCCAGCCUCUGACCCUGUCUUUGUUGACUUUGAAAUCAGGACUUGGAACGUUUCUAGUGGAAGUCUGACUUCUGUCAGGGGCCCCCCUGAUCCAUGUGAUUGGUUUUCCUACCUGGAGAAGGCCUUGCCAACUGGUACUGCAUGGGAGUAAGGGUCAGAAAGAGACAUCGGCACCCUCAAGCCACCAAUAAAGCUGUUCUUGAGUCCAGUGGUUGUAAGAUGGACCUGGGGCCUGGCCGUCUCCAGGUGUGGAUUCUGGGUGG